AUGGCGAGCCAAUCGUUCUGGGCCGGUUUGGAAACUACCGGCAAAAUCAUUGAUAUCGAUGCAACCAAUUUCUGGAGGUUGCUACCACAAGUCCUCGAAGAAAUUGCUGGUGCCGAGUACGUUUCAUUUGACCUGGAAAUGACUGGCAUUCGUGUCAAGAACGGUCUUUCAGACAGGCAAGACAAAUUCUCGGUCGAGGAAUAUUAUGCUGCUGCCUGUGAAGUUGCCCAGACUUUUCAGAUCAUCGAGUUUGGAUCCUACGGAUGGACUGCCUACAACUUCCGAUUGGCACCCUGGUACCUAGGUGACAACAGAACUCAUCUGGCGCUGGCCAAAUUCUUUGACCGUCGAUACACUCUGUCAAGCAACAGCUUUAGGUUUCUCAGAGGCAAUAGAGGUGAUGACAUUACAUCACUGGCCCUUGAGAGUGGUAUCAUGUACCUAAGCAGACAAGAGGCUGACGAGGCGUACAAGUACUUCAUCGAUCCCGACAAGAAAGUGCGGAAUCUGAUCGAUCUCAACAAAGAAAACUUGGAAGCCAAUCUGUUUUACGACUGGGUACGGAGUGCCAUCACCUUGUGGCUCCAGGAUCCUCACAAACUUGAGUGGCUUAACAUUGAAAAUCCUGGCGGCGAGAGUCUCACCAACUUGCAACGCCGUCUUGUGUACCAAAUUUUGGAAUCCGAGUUCAGCCAUGACUGUCUACGCGCAGUGCCAAAAUGCAAGAAUGAUUUCAUGCAAAUCACUCAGAAAGGCGUUAAUGCUGCAGAGGAGACGCGCAUGAUUGAGCGCAAGGCCGCAAUCAGAGAACAGACAGGAUUUCGAUUUGUCUUCGAAGCCCUCGUUGGCGGUGAUUUCGCAGACGAUAUUGAUAUCGGACUCCUUUUGACUCCCGAAGAAUAUCACAUUAAAGGGUCUGCGGCAGAUCUCAGGGCCAAGCUGCUUGCAAUUGAAGCCAAAGCCAAAGAGAACUCCAGGGUCAUUGUCGGCCACAACUCCCUCUUCGAUCUCUGCUUCAUAUACAAUUCCUUCAUCGGAACACUACCAACUAGCCUUCAGCAGUUCAAGAUCGAUAUACGGGCCAUGUUUCCUCGAUAUGUUGACACCAAAUACAUGGCAACACAGGAUGCGAAAAACAUCGAAUUUGACCAGAAUCUUGAGGAGCUUUACUGCACAGUACAAUCCCAAAAGCUGCCAUUGUUUCACCCAAAGGCCCCAAUGUGUCGUAGCAGUCACCAAGCGGGAUAUGACAGUUCGUAUUUUCUCGUUUUAGCUCACUAG